GCAAAAACCCGGCCCACACUGUCUGGAAGUGGAAGAGGAUGGACAGUUUUGUACUUCACAGUUAACAAGGAAUGAGAGUUUUGGGGUCCAACCGGAAAGCUUUCAGAGACGAUCCUCAGUGAGACGGCACUCGAUUGAGUCGGUCUGUCUCUACAGCCCAAAGAGGCGGGCUCGCCGCAGCAGCUCCAAGGCCAAAGCUAGAGUUUAUGUUACUGCGCACGCGCACUAGACAACCAAUGGAGCCACCAAUGGAGCCGUCCGGAGGGGAGCAAGAACCCGGAGCCGUCAGACUCCUGGACCUGCCCUGGGAAGACGUGUUGCUCCCACACGUCCUGAACCGGGUCCCGCUGCGCCAGCUGCUUCGGCUGCAGCGCGUUAGCCGGGCCUUCCGUGCGCUAGUACAGCUGCACCUGGCCGGGCUGCGCCGCUUCGAUGCCGCUCAGGUGGGUCCGCAGAUCCCGCGGGCUGCAUUGACCCGGCUACUGCGGGACGCCGAGGGGCUGCAAGAGCUGGCGCUGGCGCCGUGUCACGAGUGGCUAUCGGACGAGGACCUGGUACCAGUGCUGUCACGGAAUCCGCAGCUGCGGAGUGUGGCACUGGCCGGCUGCGGGCAAUUGAGCCGCCGCGUGCUAGGAGCUCUAGCUGAGGGGUGCCCCCGCCUCCAGCGCCUGUCGCUUGCGCACUGUGACUGGGUGGACGGACUGGCGCUACGCGGCCUAGCUGACCGCUGCCCCGUCCUGGAGGAGCUGGACCUCACUGCAUGUCGUCAGCUCAAGGACGAGGCCAUCGUGUACCUGGCGCAGAGACGCGGCGCCGGCCUCCGCAGCCUCUCGCUGGCGGUCAACGCCAAUGUCGGGGAUGCAGCAGUCCAGGAGUUGGCUCGGAACUGCCCUCAGCUGGAGCACCUCGACCUCACUGGCUGCCUCCGCGUCGGAAGCGACGGCGUCAGGACAUUGGCGGAGUACUGCCCAGCACUACGCUCUCUGCGGGUGCGGCACUGCCACCACGUGGCUGAGCCUAGCCUGAGCCGCUUGCGGAAGCGUGGUGUGGACAUCGAUGUGGAGCCUCCGUUGCACCAGGCCCUGGUGUUGCUGCAGGACAUGGCGGGCUUCGCACCCUUUGUCAACCUGCAGGUUUGACCCUCCUGCCAAUGAGAGCACAGCUGGACUGUGUGGCUGGGCCUGACACUGAGCUGUAGGGAAAAUGAACUGUGGAGACCUCUGGUGAGAGGCCAGUGCCCUGCCCCAUCCUGGAACUUCAAAUAAAGAGCUUUUUACUCUC